AUGGAACAACUUUCGUGGGAUAUUGAAUCGUUGAGAAUUCUUCAUCAGGAAUUCGAUUCAUUUAUAACUUGUUCUUUUAAUGCUGCUCAUAAAGUUCCUAUUAAGUCAUAUGAACAACAUCAUAUAAGAUGUGAAUUAAAGCAUCAUGGAAUAAUUUCCGAAAGCGGAAGGAAGCGGAAACAAGUGCCAAGUUCGACAUUCUUUUAUCGGAAAGCACCAGCUGUAUUAUCCUUGGAUAAAGAGGAAUUACAAAAAACUGCAGCAUAUGGAUCAGCAAAUAAUAAUGUAGGACAAAGCUUAACAGUAGGUCAAAGACUUGAAGAAUAUGAAAAAGAAAUGGCAAUGUUUAAUAGUAUUCGUGCAGAAAAUAAGCAACAAAAACGAGACGAAUAUCAAAAUUUUGAUGCGAUUUGGGAAGCAGUUCAGAAGAAAAAAGGCAAGAAAACAUUAAAAGCAUUAAGUGAAAAUUCUGGACAAAAGUCGCGCGCCGAACUUUUGGCCGAGCAACGUGAUUAUAAACGUCGAAGAAAAUCGUAUAGAGCUAAAAAUAUUAGAAUCACUCAACGCACUCCUACCCAGAUACAUCGAGAUCUUAUUGCUGCUUAUAUGGAAGAUUUUAUAUUGUUGAAUGAAUUUGAAAUGGAACUGGAAUCAAAAUCUCUGAUAAGCAAAUCUAAUAACUCCAAUAAUUCCGAAUAA